GGAAUCAACGCGAGYAAAAAUGGCGAUUUCCACAGCAGCUCAGAUCGGAAUCACCACAGCGUUUGUCGUUAUGAUCGUCACCAACUUGAUUGGAAAUUCUUUAGUUGUUUUGACGGUUGUGAAAACGCGUUCCAUGAGAACAACAAUGAACUAUUUACUGGUGAACCUGGCCAUUGCAGACAUGAUGGUGGGAAUAUUCAUAGCACCAAGGUACAUUUUCAGUCAUGCCUAUACCCACCCUGGAGGUACAGUCGGAAACUACGUAUGUAAAUUGCUGACAGGUGAGGUGUUCACAUGGGUGGGUGCCCUGUGUUCAGUCUACACCCUCGUUGCCAUCUCCAUCGAGCGAUACUACGCCGUCAUGAAACCACACAGUAGUAAAGCACGGUUUACAAUGAACAAGUUCAAACUYACUGCUGCAGCAUGCUGGGUCUUYGCGACCUUGUGGAAUCUUCCUCUGUUUCUUUUCUCAUAUUUUGACGAGAARAACAAGUUUUGUAACUUUGCGUGGCCGUUCAAGGAUUUCACCAAGUAUCACAGUGUUAUUAACGCGUUUGUAUUCGGAGGRAUUCCAAUCACUACCAUGGUKUGUCUUUACGCAAGGGUUACGUACAAACUUUGGUUCCAGAUGAAGGUUCAGACAUCAUCUCAUCAAACGACCAUUGCCGCGCGUAAACGCGUUACUAAAAUGGUGCUUACGGUAUCGCUAGUAUUCUGCGUUCUGUGGAUGCCUAACAUCGUUACGUAUCCCGCAGCUGUCUACAGCGAAACACCUUUGUAUGACGCAGUGCAUAUCGUCUCCAUUGUCUGCGUUACGUUCAACUCCAGUAUCAAUCCCAUCAUUUAUAGCCUUCAGUCCCGYGUUUUCCGUAAGAACAUCUGGCGURUUAUUAACUGUUACAAACGCCGCGAAAAUAUGGUGACGAUUUCUACUGGUAAUACAGAUAACAAUGCACCGUCMAAGGAAACAGAUCAGCGACAGCGUGUCGAUUCCGAGAAUUCCAUAACUACACGAGUUUAACUGUCUUGCGYUCAGUUUACGUACAGCUMUUACUGUUACUACGUAUGGGGCUGACAACUUAGAUUUCGUUUUGAUAUCUUACAUGAAACUGGUGCCAUUGCGAUUUUUAUCCGUUAAGCAACUAAUUACGCGAUUUUUAWCUUGCUCAAGCUUUAUUCAUUUGCCUAGUUUUUCAGUUACGUAAGACAUAUGUACUUAAACGUUAUUAAUUUGCGUUUGCGCUAAGUUAUACGUAGCUUUGAAUAAUCAGUGUCCUCGCGCACACGUAUAACAACGCAGCCUUCACUAGUAUUGCUGCACGCAUCAAAAUUUGUAGCUGGGACACAAAUGAUGAUACACAAUAGAAACAUUUUUAGCUUGCUAUACACGACUGCAUGAUGAAUAAAUCAAUUGUAUUUCGCGUAUGUUUAGCCCACCAUGAAGACUUUACAGCAACACCAGUGUAACAAACUUUAGCCAGGCUUUAGGUAACAUAUAUACAUUGUACAUAAGCAAUCAACUAAUUCUUAAACCACUUUGUUACAGAAAGAUUUUUGUUUGUUAGGAACAACUUGUAAAAUAUGGAAUCAAAAUAAUCUAGUUCGCAAACAUUAUCUAGUGGUGAGUUUACACUGGUUUGCAUGAAAACUCUACCGCUAUAGUGACUUGUAAACAGCUGCUACGAAAAACGAGUUUAAAUUAAAAAGCUAAUUUCAAAAAUCAA